CCCUGUAAAUAUUUGUGUCCAUAACCCAGAAAUUGAAGUCUAUCUAGAUUUGCAUAACUUGACUGAAAAAUACUAAUUUUAACAAUGAAUUCUUCAAGUUCUAUCAAAGCAAAUCCUCUUAUUAACAAAAAUAUACAAUCUUUGUGCAUUGUAUGCAAUAAACCACUCAAAUGUUUCAAAGGUAUAUCAAUACAAGAUGUUUUACCAAAAGUUUACACUCCAAUGACAGUAUUUGAAGGUCUAAAAAGGAUUUCAAAUUUUUCACAAUUGACAAUUGAUGUACAUAUGUUUAAUGUAUGUGAAUCUUGUUUUUCUAUCAUUGAAUCAAUGCUUUGUUUUCAAAAUCUGUGUAACAAAGCUGUUGAAAACAUUAAAGCAUAUUUUAACUUACAAGAAAACAUAGAGUCUAGUGAUGUAUUAAAUAAUGACAAUAAUUAUGUGGUUUGUGUAUCUCAAAAUAUGGAAACAAGUGAAGAAGUUGUUGCUUGUAAUAUAGAUAAUGCAGAAAAUCAACAGGAAGAUCAAGUGAGUAAUGAAGAAGUUGAUGAAGGAGAUGGAGAAGAUGAAAUUGAAGAUUUGUGCUCUGAUUCUGAAUCAGAAACUGGAAGAAAAAAGACACGUAAUAAAGAUACUGGUGAAUUAAAAGAAUGUCCUCAUUGUCAUAAAGUAUAUAAAAAAGCUUACUUUACAGUACAUAUGAAAAUACACACUGGAGAAAAACCGUACAAGUGUGAAAUUUGUGGUAAAUUAUUCAAAGUUAAAACAGCUUUGGGUAGUCAUAUGUUGUAUCACAAUAAUGAACGCAACUUCUUGUGCACGUUUUGCGGCAAAAGUUUUCAUUUCAAAGCGGCUUUACAAGACCACAUUCGUAUUCACACUGAUGAACGACCUUUUGUUUGCGAAACUUGCGGAAAAGCGUUUCGUACAGCGACGCAUCGAAGAACACAUACAAGCACUGUACAUUCGGAUGUAAGAAACUACGCUUGUGAUAAAUGUACGAAAACAUUUUCAUCGACAAGAUCAUGGCGGCGACAUAGACUCGUACAUGUAGAAGUUAAACAAUUUGCGUGCACAUUUUGUGAAGCGCGUUUCAGGCACAAACAUGUACUUAAAAAGCAUCAGGAGAAGGCUUGCAAGGGAAUAAAUUCAGUAUAAUUUGUUUGAAUUUUAAAAUGUAAUGUGUGUUGCCUACUUUGCACGUCCAAUACGAUCAGACAAUCAGGUUGUGGUCGUAUGUGGGAGCUCUGAGCAAAAACGCGAGUUGAAGAGAUAACAAACAAAA